UUUUAUACCAGCAUGGUUGGAUAAUGGCGAGUAGUUUUCUUUGUCAAAAACCGGAGUGUUUUCAUCUUUCCUUUACUACAUUCAAUCGUUUUUUAAACCACCUACGCGAUAAUCACAUUCAUGAGCCAGGGUUCAAAAUAAAAUGUCCAGUGCAGUCAUGCUUUCGCUCAUAUUCUGUUCUCUCCUCUCUAACUUCGCAUGUUUCCCGUAAACAUGGAAAGGAAAAAGUAAUAAAUGAUGACGUUGGUUCAAGAAUUCCCGAAAACGAUGCACUAAACCGAUUGGAUAAUACAAUCGAAUGUAUACCGAAGACAGGAGAGGCUUUCUCAAAGAGACAUUUAGCUUUAUUUGCCCUAAAGACGCAAGAAUUAAAUCAACUAACUGACAGUACAACAAACAAGGUGAUAGAUAAUACAACAGAAUUACUCCAACAACACGAGGCCCAUGUUAAAGAAAAGAUUAGACUGUGUUUGGAUAAAAGUGGGAUUAAAAUCAGUGAUAUUGAUGGAUUGGGAGUUGUCAUGAACUUGGAACAAACACCCAACAUGGAAUUCCUGAAAUCCACUAAGAAUAGGAACAAUUAUAUAUCUCAAGAAUUUAAGAUAGUGAAUCCAAUUGAGAUAGUCCUUGGGGAGAAAUAUAUGUAUGAUGAGAAUACAGCGAAUGGUUCAUCGAAAGUGAAAGUGCAUUCAUUCCAGUACAUAUCAUUCAUCCAGGUCCUUCAACAGCUGCUAAAUCAAAUUGAUGUUUACUCACAGAUUGAAAAUUCUCAUAGAAGUGUUGAUGGGAAAAUGAGGGACCUUUGUGAUGGUGCUGAUUUUGGAGUGGGCAAACAUCCACUUUUUUCCUUAAAUUAUAAGGCUAUCCAAUUAAUUUUAUAUUAUGAUGACUUCGAAGUUUCCAAUCCACUAGGAUCAAAAGCUGUUGUACAUAAAAUUGGUGCCUUCUAUUGGGUGUUAGGAAAUUUCCAUCCCAAGUAUAGAUCAUGCCUAAAAAAUUUGAAUCUUUUGAUUCUUUGUCCAGUCAAGUGGAUUAAGAUGUAUGGUAUGGAUAAAGUCCUCAGGCCAUUCAUGAGUGACCUUGCUAUGCUUGAAUCAGAGCAUGGCGUACAACUCAAUAUAGCAAAUCAAAUUAUUCCAAUUAAAGGAACAUUAAGUGUAGUAGUUGCAGAUAACCUUGGUAGCAAUUCAAUUGGAGGUUUCAUGGAGAGUUUCAGUGCAAAUCGGCCGUGUAGGUUCUGUCUGGGCACAUCGGUGGAAUUUCAAGAAAGGUUUUCUGAAGAAUUAUUCACAAUGAGAUCCCGAGAAAAUUAUGCUAGGCAGGUGGAUUUGGUUUCCACUGAUCCAGAAUCAGCUUCUGUAUAUGGUGUGAAAAAGAACUCAGCCCUAAAUGCUUCUAAAUAUUUUCAUGUUGUUGAUGGACUUCCUUCUGAUAUCAUGCAUGAUAUCUUAGAAGGUGUACUUCCUUUCCAAAUUAAAGUGAUGUUGAGAAAAUUCAUCAUGGUGGAUAAAUUUUUCACACUUGAUCAGUUCAACCAUGCGCUUUCAGCAUUCCCAUAUGGUGUUUGUGACAUCAAGAACAAACCAAGCUUGGUAAAGAAUGUCAAUCUUAGUGAUUACCAUUUACGCCAAUCAGCAUCACAAAUGUGGUGUCUUUCUAGAAUCCUGCCAUUUUUGGUUCACAAAUGGAUACCAGAAGGAAAUGAUGACUGGGAAUUGUUCACUGAUUUAAUGCAUAUUGUUGAUAUAUUGUUUGCCCCAGUGAUUGAGAAAGGUACUACACUCUAUCUUCGGCUCAUAAUCAGCGAGUAUCUGGAACAGUUUAAAAGGCUCUAUCCUGAAAGGAAACUUAUUCCAAAACAGCAUUUCAUGGUUCAUUACCCAAACCAAAUUCUAAGAUAUGGACCCCUUGUGCGCAACUGGUGCAUGCGCUUUGAGGCUAAGCAUCAUUAUUUUAAGCUUUUGGCGCAGACUGUAGGUUGCUUCAAGAAUAUAGCAAAGACAUUAGCUACCAGGCACCAACGGCUUCAGUGUUACUGGCUUAGUGACAGUGAUGGCUAUUUAAGGAGUGAUACUGAGGUUGGACCAGGUAAAGUUUUUUAUGUGAAGGAUCUGGAAGAGAAAGAAUGCACCUCACUGUGCCAGUUGGGCAACAAUUUGGAUCAGAAUUCAACUGUGACACUGUUGAAUUGGGUGAAAGUCAAUGGAUACAAGUAUAAAAAGAAUAUGAUCAUAGUCUAUCAGCAAUUAAUUUUUCCUGUGUUUCUUUUAUACAUAAUGUUUUUUUAUGCCAAACAUGGAUGUUAUGUUUUCUUGCAAGAAAGUAAAUACAGUUGCUUUUAG